AUGGCCGAGCUCAAGGCGCUGGGCGGCGAGUCGUACCUGGCCCUGGCGCAGAGCUACAACCAGACGGCGUUCGCCUACGGCGCCGUGCGGGGCGCGGGCGAAGCGGGGCGCGGGUACCCCGGGGGUGCGGGCGGCCUGGCGUUCCCCGCGGCGCAGCUGGGCAAGGCGGCGGAGAGCAGCGGUGAGCAGAGCGGCGACGAGGACGAGGCUUUCGAGGGCUCCAAAGCGGGCAGCCCGUCCUUCGAGCGCGACGCCAAGCUGAAGCCGGGCGGCGGCGGCGGCGGGGGCGCCCUCGGGGCCAAGAAGCCCAAGGAGCAGCGCUCGCUGCGGCUCAGCAUCAACGCCCGCGAGCGGCGGCGGAUGCACGACCUCAACGACGCGCUGGACGGCCUGCGCUCCGUCAUCCCUUACGCGCACAGCCCGUCGGUGCGCAAGCUCUCCAAGAUCGCCACGUUGCUGCUGGCCAAGAACUACAUCCUCAUGCAGGCGCAGGCCCUCGAGGAGAUGCGGCGCCUCGUGGCCUACCUCAACCAGGGCCAGACGCUCGGCACCUCCAUCCCGCCCGGCCUGGCGCCCUUCGGACAAUCGGCCGCCGUCUACCCCUUCACGGGCGCCGCCUUGCCCAGCUGCCCCGAGAAAUGUACUGCCUUCGCGGGGGCCGCCUCCGGGCUUUGCAAACACUGCAGCGAAAAGCCGUGA